AUGAAGUUUCCUAGCAUUAAGCAAGUAGAUCUGUUACGUCUGCGGAGGUAUAUCGAAGCUGAUGACUUAGUGUCAAUUGAAAAGUGCAUCGCUGAUAAUCCUAUGUGGCUUCUUACUAGUUAUGAUACUCCUACGAUCCUACAGCUUGUAUUUCGGUUUAACGCCGUCCAUGUCGCUGCAAAAUCGGGUCACGCAGAAGUGAUAAAACUGAUAAUUUCUUACCUGGAGUCACCUGAAUUUUGGGCCCGCAUUUACCCCACUGCAGACGUUCAUACCGCUAAUGAACGUCGACGGCAUGUUUUGGAUCUAUACCUUAACAGCCCUGAAACUGGCAGUCUCUCUUCUCCCUUGCACCUGGCCAGUAAGUUUGGCCACGUGGAGUGCGUCCGCGUGCUCGCAAGUCACCCGGCAACCAUGCUGGACCUGCGUGACUCCUCAGGGUCCACGGCUCUUGAGUCGGCGUGCAUUCGUCUCGCCUCCACGUCCAGCCCCACAGAGAAGUCCCAGCGACGUCAGGCUAUCUGCCGAGCCCUCGAUGAAAGGUACGUCGCUUUGGUGGACCGUUUGCUGCGCCCCGGCGACAUCGAGACCCAGCCGACUAUCCUGUCUCGACCCCUUAUGGGACGCCAGCUGCAUCAGCUGCUCGCCUCUACCAGUCAACUCACGUGUCCAGGAAUCGCGGAGUUUAGUCCUCACCUGACUCACCAGAUGAAGACCCAGCCGGCCCCCCUCCGCGUGCCCCCACUCAAUUCGCCCGGCGUGCUGCCGUUUUCUCCCAGACAGGACCCUCUCGCCAAAGUGCGCUGUUCGUCGACUCUUCGUGGGACGUCUCCAUCUGCCGACGGCAGCCACACUGAAGGUCAGCUGGACCUUCAGUGCUACGGAGCGAUGGGCAGGCUGGCCAGUGUUCGAGCCAUACUCGGUCCUUUGUGCACGGAAGAGGCUCAACGAGCAAUAGAACGUUGGCGCAAACCGCCGCAUCCGUUUUGGGCAAAACUUCGUCUAAUGGAUUCUGAGAAGGGCUAUGAAAGAUAUGGGCGGCGGCUAGCAGUUGAAUUCGCCACUAAGUGGACCGAGAACUGGGGAUUCCUGGAUGAUUUUGCGGACUUGCGGUCGCAAUAUGGUCUCCGCAUACUCAAUGACUAUCUCUCCCAGUUCUACAACACUGAUGCUGUGGAGAGAGCGCCGUUUUCCCCUUGCAGCCCUGGCUCGCUUCCUCGUCGUAAACUCACCUUUGAAACGGAAGUCCAAGUGCAGCAAAAUAGCCCCAAAACAACCCCCAUUAAACGCAUUAGGCACGGAGAAGGUAAGGAGGCAGUGACAGCAACCAGGGGCUAUGAAGUAUGGACAGAAUACAGAGAAGAUAAUAAUCCAGUGCGUGUACUCGGGGAUAGUUUGGAAGAGACUUCUUCGUCCUCUUCUGGGAAUUCAUCAAUGGUUGACAGUGAAAGAGCGCCCCCGACCCCAAAGCAGAUGUCCCCAGUGAUCGGAAUACUGAACAGCCUUAUCGUCUCUUCCCCCUUCCGCAUUAUCUUGCCUGACACUUGUGGCACCAGCAACCCCAUACUUUCAAGGCCAGAAAGACGCGUUUCGAUGUUCUCGAGGAAUGAUGCUGUGUGUACACCUGAGCAGCAACAACCAAGAAAAUCGCCUGGUCGUUCCCCUGCCGAAGCAACCAAGCUAACAUCAACAGCAAAACACAAGUCAAAAUCCAUCACACGUAGGCGAGUCGUGGACGGAAUGUGGCCGAGCCUAAUAGGACACUUUAACCCGGAUGAAUUCAGCACGUCGCAUCUUCAGGCCUCAAUAACACCCGCUGAAUUAGGCGCCCACAACGCCCUCGGCAGUGAUCUCGGUUAUAAACAAGAUGAAACAGCAAGUCGUGUGGACCUUGAACAGUUCCCCUUCGUGAAGCGGUGGAAGAUGGAACUUGAUCUUUCUAUGCAUGCUGUCUAG